UGACUGAGAAGGCAGCAGCUGAAGAAGAUAGUGGGUACUUAAAGAAGCAAGAGAAAUCCGUCACAAACAGUGACUCUGAGGUCAGACUGAAUCCAGACUCAUUAGACACUCAGCUUGAUUUGUCUAAGGAUGACACAGAGCUCAUUAAGCCUCCAUCAAGCUUCAAACCUGAAGUACAAACUGAAUCCACACAAAUCUCCUACAGGUUCAGGUGUCCUGGUCCAGGUGUGUUCCAGUGUACUCUGACCAGACUGGUGUUUGUUAUGGCUCAGGAGGCGGAGCUGCUGUACAGGAAUGUCCAAUGGGAUGAGAGCCUCCUUCAACAAGCUGGAAAAACAGCUGCAGGGCCGCUGUUUAACAUCACAUCCUCUGAGGAUGCAGUCCGUCAGCUCCACCUGCCACACUGUGAAACAAAGGAGGCGGUGCAUGUUGACGGCCUGCUGUCUGUUGCCCACAUCUCUGAUAAUGGGAUGACCGUCUUGGAGCCACUGGAGAUCACUGCCACCCAUGUGGUUGUGAAGGUCCCUCACCUCUCUGCCUUUGGCCUCAUCUGUAAUGUCUUUAAGCUGAACAUGGAGGAACCCGUAAAUGGCCAAGUUCUGCUGUUCUUGGAGACAGGGCCUCGAAGAAUCAAUGUGUUUCUGCUGCAGGAAAAUAUCCCUUUGUCAGAGGUGUCUGCCCAACAAGGACGUGGUGCUGAAUGCAUCCAGACCCCUGCUGACUGUCUUUGCAGCUUCGGACAAAGGUACAGUGUCCACUGUGACCCUGAGAGCAGGAUACAGCCAGAGCAAACACAAUUUCGCUUAAAGUUUGGCCCAAAUUACCAUCCAACAUUUCAAGUGUUCCUGACUACAAAUCCAGAGAUCGUGACUCUGACGGUCAAAGACCAAGAGGGGACAGAAACCUGGAAAUCAUCUAUUUACCUGCCAGCACCAAGAACAGAAACCUUAAUGAGGAGUGUCCCAGCUGAGGCCCGAGUCCCAGCAGCUGAGAGGCUGCUCACAGUUCGCUCACAGUUUAUUGAAAGAGUGUCUGAACCUGUUUUAAACAAACUUCUGGAUAAACUCCUGCAGCAGCGCGUUAUCAAUGAUCAGGAGAUGGAAUCAGUCAGAUCAAAGCAGAGCAGAGCAGAUAAAGCACGAGACAUGAUUGACACGGUGCGACGGAAAAGUAGCGAAGCCAGCUCACUGCUGAUCGCUGCUCUCUGUGAGGCGGACCGAUGCCUUUCCACAGACCUGAACCUGAAUGAAGACAGACUUGGAAAGAGUCUGUGACCAUGAAUCUCAAAGACCACUGACGGUGUCAUUGUGAUCUUCAUGUGACGUGUUUUUAAACUGCACUUUAGUUCUGAAAGUGCCUCUCGUUAAAACUGGACUCUGAUUAGAUGCUGAGCAGGACGUUGGAUGGACUGAAGCAGAGUCUGGGACCUCAGUAAUUAUUAGUGCACAAACCAGCAAAUAUUUGAAGCUCCAUUAAUGCUGAACCACAUCUACAGGUUGAAGAGCAACACCUCAGGUUAUCUGGGACCAGCGUCAGUUUCCACCAAUAUAACUGAAGCUGUUUUUACCUGUAAUGCUGGAAUAACCUAUUGAAUCACAUGAUCAGUGUUUACAAUCUGUUUACUGAGGUUUAAACUCUCCUCUGCGCUUCUGCUUUGAGCAGCACGUUGUGCUUCUGCCUGUUUAAAUAAAGUUUUGCUGCCUGCUUUCUUA